AUGUUGGCCUUGCUGAAGGAAAUCGGCGCCGACAUCGACCAAGAGUACCCAACGGAGAUGCAUGCCUUUCUGAGUGUCAUACAAGAGGAACAAAAGAUCUACGAUGCUGUCUUCCAGGAACUCAUCCGACAAGUCAGCGUCAACAUGAUGGAGCGCGGGGAGGUGCUUGCCGAGAUCCGGCGACGCUACUCAACCAUGUUCAUGCGCAUCCCAAAGCAUGUGCGCCAACUGCACACCGAGCUGGUCGCCCAUCGCAAGCUCAAUAGGAGGCUCUCGGAGGAGCUGAUCCGGUCCAAGGAGACCGUGGCCGACUUGAUGAAGGAGCUUGACUUGGUGCGCAAGCACGACGCCGAGGUGACCAAGCAGGCCCAGGACGCCCAGGAAAAGCUUGUCGUGGUCCUCUCCCAAUCAGACAAUACCGACGAAAUCCUCGAAGAGUACCACCGCCUCUACCGAAUGCAGCGAACUCGACUGGAGGAUGCUGUGCGCCUGAUCGAGCAAGAAAAGCGCAUCUGGGUUGAUGCAGCCACAAGUCUCGCUCUCCGCAUCGGCCAGGACCAUGGCGUGACCGAGCUCAUGGCCCUGCAAAAGCACGAAAACUCUCGACUGCGGGCAACCAACCACAUGAUUGUCAUCAUCAGCGACACAAACGAUCACGAAAUCAACACCAUUGCUUCCAAGGUUGACGAGUGGCGUGACAAACUGGUGUCGCUCUCCCAGAACGUCGUCGAGGAGGACCAGCGCAACGUCGAAACGCUGGCCCGCAUGCAGCGGGACAUGAGCAUGGUUCUCAAGAACCUGAAUGCCAACGAGCCCAUGGAUGCCAUCGAGAGCGACCAUCCCCUCCUCAAGGUCUUCCACCUCUACGAUGCAAAGAAUUUAUCCGAGUGCCUGAAGAAGUGGGUGGAUCAGAUCAGCUUGGUGGCUGUCCGAUUUACCAGCGAUCGCGAUCUGGUCUUUCAGGAGGAUAUUGUCAAGAUUCGUAAGCUGACCGAAACCUGGAUCGAUUGCGGCCUCAAACUCCUCAAGCGGAAUGAAAGGAACACCAACGGAAAGGACUACAUACCUCUGACCGAGACGCUACAGCGGGUACACCACGAGAUUGACGAGUGGCUUGUCAAAAUCGACAUGAGAAUCUCGGGCGAAGAUGGCAUUGCUGCCCAGGUGAUAAGCCUGCAAAAUCAGCUCGAAGAUCGAUAUACCACCUACAGUGCCAGGGAUCCGGAGAAGCCUCUGCCCAGUUCCGAGCGCAUCCAGCUGAAGGAGUCGCUGAACCAGUGGAUUGAGCACAUUGGCACCAUCAUAGAGCUGAUAUCAAACACGGCCGAGAAGGAGCAGCAAAAAAUCCCGCUACAUGUCGAGAAUUGGCUCUCGCGAGUGCUGGAUCAGCUCAACACCGACACGGACAUUCGCAACGAAGAAAACGUCAAGAUCCAUACAUCCAUGAUCAGCUGGAUGGUGCAUUUGCUGGUCAAGGGUGGCCGAGAAAAGCCAAGCGAGUCGUGGGAUUAUGAGUUCCAUCAACUGAAUCAGGAGCUCAUCGCCUUCAACAUGAAUCUCACGAAGGACUCGGCAGACAUUGAAAUGGUGUCGGUGGACAGGAAGCCGCUUCGUGCGCUGGUUCGGUAUGAAGCCGUUUGCAUCAACACGUUCAUUUGCGAGCAAUAG